GAUUUUUUGACAUACUUUGUUAAUAAAAAUAACAUAAUUAUAGGUAUAUUAUUACAAAAAAAAAACGAUAUUUAACAACCCACUUUUAAUUAGAAAGAAAGUUCAUAUUUAUUUGAUUUAUACUCGUGUAGAUAGUCGUGUAGACAGGCAAUGUCAGGUCAUAAUUACAUAAAAUCAACGAACCCCUUCGAUGACGAUUUUCAGGAUGAUGUGGACGACGAGACCUUCCUGAAGAACUCCAGAAGGCCUCCGCCUUCCUCCAGUAGCUUCGACGCGCAGGUUCAAAGUUUCCAAGAACGUCGCAGACAGAUCGAAGAAAACACCAUAAGAAGCACCCAGCAGAGUUUAAGUGUCCUAAGGGAUUCCGAGCAAAUCGGCAUAGCGACUGCAGAAGAAUUACUGAGGCAAAGGGAGAAGCUCGAGAGAACCGAUAAGCAAUUGGACGAUAUUAACAACACACUCAGGUUCUCUCAAAAACACAUUAAUGGGAUCAAGUCCGUUUUUAGUAGCUUGAAGAACUAUAUGUCCGGGCGGAGUGAGAAGAGUCCCACUACGUCUAGUUCCACUCCAAGUACCGUGAGGGAGUCAACGUCAAACCCUAAUCUAGAAAAUAAAUUACAAUCGUAUGACCGUUACGAGGGACAUCCUACAACGAGACUACGAGGGGAGGACUACGAAUCUACACAAACUUACUCUUCGGGUAGUAAAGACUUUAGUGCAAAAUUAGAUGCCAAUUUACAAGAGAUGUGCGAUAAUAUUACCAGGUUGAAGGGAUUAGCGGGCGAUUUGGGGGAAGAAAUCGAUUCUCAAAACGACUUAUUGGAUCGGAUUAACGAUAAGACUGAUAGGGCCGACCUGAACAUACAAAGGCAAAACAAGGAGAUGAUGAAAAUACUUAAAAAAUGAAGAUAGUAUUAAAUUAUUGUUUUUUUCUUAUAAUUUGUAUUUGAAUAUUAUAAUAUUGUAAAAGAAUUAUUUUUUCCAAGUUUUAAAGGCAGGUUUUGCUCCAUUUACAAAGUGGUCACUCAUUUGUGCAAAUUGCAAGAGAAAUAGUAAAAUUUUGUUUAUGUAACAGAUACAAUAGGGAUUUUUGAUUGAAGGGUAGAAAAAUGGUCAUGGCAAGAGAAGAAAUUCAAAAUUUCUUCCAGGCAGUUGAAAAUCCCAAAAAUUACCUGGAAGAAAUGCUUUUCCUUGAACUGAAUGAAGAUCAUCCAGGAAAACGACCUGGAAAAGUGGAAUUUUUUAAUGAUUGUUCCAGGAAGUUAAUAGGAAGAAGCUAAAUAUGAGUUUCUCUAAAAAAUUCUUUCAGGUAUUCGAAUAUGCAGAAAUCAGGCCUUAAAUUUCUUUUUUGACUGCCUAGAAGAAAAAAAUUAAAAACUUACUUUUAGGCAGUUAAAAGUCCAAGAAAAAUGUUUUUAAGGACCUGAAAAAUGGAAUUAUGUAACAACAAACCAGCCUGAUAUAUAGCCUUAAAUUAAUAAAGACUCGCUUGAUGCGUUCAAUAUAAGCUUUUUUGUAAACAGGGCCUUAUCUCUUAUAGAUUCCCUUGGAAAAAACUGCCUAAUUAGUGAUAUUUAUUUAUUCCUUAAAAUAUACAAAUAUUUUAAUUCUAUUUUGGUGUUGUUGUUAAUUGUUGUACAUUUUUUUAAAGAAAUACAGCAUGGUUUCACUUUACAA